AGUGCCGCGUAUGUAAAUGCAACAUAUGAAACUUCGGCGGAUAUGGAUCUCGCUCCAGAGGAGACAACAAGUGUUUACGAGAGUUUAAGGAUUUCUGGUCCAACUGACAAUGCCGAUGAUCCCAAUACAAGCAUUACACAGCCACCAAAGACAAAAGUCAAUAGACGGUUACAAAUAGCAUUGGUGUUAGUGGGAAUCAUGUGCGCUGCAUUGGUUGCUAUUGUUGUAUGGUCGCUAGCGUUUACCCAAAAAGAAAAUAGUGACAAACUCAACCAUGAAUUUGAGAGUUUGGUUUCAGCAAACAAUGGUUCAAAUGACAUCAAUGAAUGCAUGAACAACCCGUGUGCCAGGGGCGCCACCUGUAGAAAUAAUCAUGGCGGUUUUGACUGCGAUUGCCUUCCUGGUUUUACUGGCAAAUUAUGUCAGCUUGAAAUAAGUGAAUGUUCAAGUCGUCCUUGUCAGAAUGGUGGGACGUGUGUUGACAUGGUGAAUUCUUAUCGGUGUUUGUGUUCUGUCGGGUACCUAGGGACAAACUGCCAAGAGAGAGAUCCGUGUCGCAGCAGCCCGUGUCAAAAUGGUGCUACCUGCAGGAAUCAAAAUGAUACGUAUUCUUGCAGUUGUCCGUUUGGUUAUACCGGCAGAAUUUGUGAAACAAUGUCCAACCACUGCCUAAGUAAACCUUGCAGAAAUGGUGCCCAUUGUGAGAACACUCUAGAGUCGUUCCGAUGUUCUUGUUCUUCCGGUUUCCAAGGCACAUUGUGUGAAAACGAUAUAAAUGAAUGCAUGAGCAAGCCAUGUGUUAGGGGCGCCACCUGUAUAAAUAAUCAUGGCGGUUUUGACUGCGAUUGCCCUCCUGGUUUUACCGGCAAAUUGUGUCAACUUGAAAUCAGUGAAUGUUCCAGUCGUCCUUGUCAGAAUGGUGGGACAUGUGUUGACAUGGUGAAUUCUUAUCGAUGUUUGUGUUCUGCCGGGUACUACGGGACAAACUGCCAAGGAAACCAAUGUCGCAGCCAGCCCUGCCAAAAUGGGGCCACGUGCAGGAGUUAUGCUAACACCUAUUCUUGCAGCUGUCGUACUGGAUACAGCGGAAGGGAUUGUGAAUCAGCUUUUCUUCAACGUAACUUGUAUCGUAUUGUUGGAAUAAAUAUCAAUGGAAAGUACGGUGGCAGAGUUGAAGUGAAACAUAAUGGAGUCUGGGGAACAGUUUGUGAUGACUACUGGAAUAAUACUGAUGCCAAAGUUUUCUGCAAGUCUUUAAAUCUACCCCAUUCCAACGCAGUUGCCGUACAAAGUGCCUAUUUUGGACAAGGUACCGGAGACAUAUGGUUAGACGAUGUCCUCUGCACAGGAUCAGAACCCAACAUUGCAUCAUGUAAGCACGCCGGCUGGGCAAAUGAAAACUGUGGUCACCAUGAAGACGCUGGCGUUCUUUGUUUUUGACGAUGCAUCUUAGAAGGAACUAAUUAAAAGCAUCACCUCAUUCAGCUUACUAGUAGUCAGUUGUUUAGUGAACCUUAUAUAGGGGCAGGCAAAAGUACCAUAAAGACACAACAUUAAUUUCACAGUCGUUUAUUUAUUUUCUUUUUGUAAUUUGUUGAGAUUUGCUCAUGUAAAGAAAAAUAACUUCACCGCAGAUUUACAGACCAGUGCUUUACCCUUACAUAAAUUAUGUCAUGUCAUAAUUGAUAAGUUGUGGGACAGCAGCGUGCCCUCAAAAUGGUCACCAUAUCCUUCUGGACAUUGACUUAUGAUGGUGUAGAAUUACAGUAAGCUAUAUUGCUGUAGCAGAAUACAAUGGUCCAGCCUUGAAAGACACUUUUGGUUAGACAGUAAAUGUUCUGAUUCAUCUGGUAGCGUCAUUUCACAUUAGAGGAGAAAAGGAUAAGUGUUGUAAAUACAAAGCAAUAACAGAACGGCCUUGAGUUGCGAUCGAUGCCAUUGAUCUUAAACAAGGAAAAUAGUGUCAGUGACCCACUGCAUGAGCUUGUCAAGUAGAGAGCUGGUCAAGUGUGGCGGGUUCUCAAAUCACUCCCAAGUAACUUCUGUACCUCCUCUGACCUGCUAGUCGAGUAGCCAGAACGCUAACCCUGCAAUACU